CAAAAUAUUUAAUCUUUAACAAGAAAAAAAGUUGUACUUGUUUCAAUAUAAAUAUGUCAUUUUUAACCAUGGUUGUACACGUUUUUACUUUUUACUUCCUACAUUAAACACUAUAAAACAUGUAUCCAGGAGGAAUUAAAAUGACAGGAUUCGAGUUUUCGAACUCAGCAUCAGGAUUAUUGUCAGUACCAGUUCUUCAUUCAGCAGCAUUUGCAGUUAACAAUGGAGAUUAUGCAAAUAACAAAAAGAAAAACAUAAAUGGAGAUAAUGUUGUUGUCAUCAAUGGAGAUGAAGAAUAUAUGAAGGCUGUUUUGGCGUCAUACAAACACAAAUGGAUUGAGAGAACCAAACAUCAAUUGGGAUAUCAGUUGAAUAUGGAGUUUGAAUAUGGUGGUCUAAGUGAUUUGCAACAAUUUUCAAUUAACAAUUUUGGUGAUCCAUUCAUUGAGGGCUACUAUGGUGUCCACUCAAGGGAUUUUGAAGUAUGUGUUUUGGAUUGGUUUGCAAAUCUUUGGAAAAUAGAAAAAGAUAAAUAUUGGGGUUAUGUUACAAAUGGUGGGACUGAAGGAAAUCUCCAUGCCUUUCUUUUAGGGAGAGAAGUGUUCCCUGAUGGAAUUUUGUAUGCCUCAAAAGAAUCACAUUAUUCAGUGUUCAAAGCUGCACGGAUGUACAAAAUAGAUUGUAUAAAGAUUGAGACAUUGAUUUCUGGGGAGAUUGAUUGUUCUGAUUUAAAGCUCAAACUUCUCCUAAACAAAGAUAAGCCUGCCAUCAUUAAUGUCACCAUUGGAACUACGGUCAAAGGCGCUAUAGAUGAUCUUGAUCUUGUUAUACAAACUCUUGGAGAAUGUGGUUUUCCAAGCAAUCGCUUCUAUAUCCAUUGUGAUGGAGCCACAUUUGGUCUUAUGUUACCUUUUCUAAAAUGGGCUCCUCAAGUUACAUUCAAGAAACCAAUAAGUAGCAUCACUGUUUCUGGCCACAAGUUUGUGGGUUGUCCAACGCCUUGUGGAAUUUACAUUGCAAGAAUGGAGCACAUAAAUGUUUUAUCUAGAGAUAUAGAAUAUAUUGGUUCAAGAGAUGCUACAAUCAUGGGAAGUAGGAAUGGCCAUGCCCCAAUCUUUCUAUGGUACGCGUUGAACCAUAAAGGAUACAACGGACUUCAGAAAGAGGUUGAAAUGUGCUUGCACAAUGCCCGUUAUCUGAAAGAUCGGUUCAUCUCUGUCGGAGUUAGUGCCAUGCUCAAUGAGCUUAGCAAUAUUGUUGUGUUUGAGCGUCCUCAAGAUGAUAAGUUUGUUCGACGUUGGCAGUUAGCUUGCCAAGGGAACAUAGCUCAUAUAUCUAUCAUGCCUCAUGUCACAAAACGAAAGCUUGAUACUUUCAUCGAUGAGCUAGUCGAGCUGCGAUUGGCUUGGUUCGAAAAGAAUGGUAACGAAAUUCCAUGUGUUGAAUUUGAAAUGGCCGAAGAGAAUUGUUGUUGUUCUUCACACAAUGACGAAACAACUUUCUUGGACAAGAGCCUUUCUUAAUUUCUUUUAUUGUGUUGAAGUUAGAAUCAAGGACAAAUAAACAGAAUUUCAUUUUUAGUUUUGUCAUAACAAAUAAUUUUAUUCGAGAGAAAAUUAUUAUUGUUGUUCUGAAA